AUGGAUCACAGACCGCAAGCUUGGGGCCGUCCUAGAGACGACGUCUACGGAGCCUACGAUGGCUCGUACAUGAACACCAAUGGUCCCAACCAAGCGACACAGGCCCCCAUCGUCACGGGUACAUCAGUCAUUGCCAUCAAGUUCAGCGAAGGUGUCGUCAUCGCCGCCGACAACCUGGCAUCCUACGGCUCCCUCGCCCGUUUCACCGAUGUCAAGCGUCUCCGCACCUUCGCCAACUCCACAGUCGUGGGCUUCGGCGGCGACGUCUCCGACAUGCAAUACCUCGACCGCCAUCUCUCAAGCCUCGACAUUGAGGAGUCCUACGACCUGGCCAACGACGCCCCCGCCCGGCUCAAUGCCGCGAACCUUCACAAGUACCUCUCCAAGCUCCUCUACAAGCGCCGCUCCGACUUCGACCCCCUCUGGAACCACCUCCUCGUCGCCGGCCUCGACGACAACAACAAGCCCUUCCUCGCCGCCGCCGACCUGCUCGGCACCACCUUCACCUCUCCCUCCUUGGCAACGGGUUUCGGCUCAGCCCUCGCCCAACCCAUCAUGCGUCGCUACGCCCCCGAUGAGGAGACCGCCGCUAAGCUCUCCAAGGAGCAGGCCGUCGACGUGAUUAAGGAGUGUAUGAAGGUUCUCUUCUACCGUGACGCUCGCAGCUCGGAUUCCUACUCGAUUGCUGUAGUAACCAAGGAUGGAGUCGACUUGAAGGAGAGUGAGAAGCUUGAGAAGCAGAGCUGGAAGUUUGCGGAACGGAUCCGCGGCUACGGUACGCAGGUGAACUAA